GCUCAGUUCUUUUUUUAAGGAAAUCGAAAGGCCCUUCCUUGCCCCUGAUAUUUACUGCAGCCACAAGGCAAAAUAAAAGUUUACAUGCCUACUUUGAGAAUUUAGUACAGGGACAGUGUUAACAUCAGUGUGGAAGAAGAUACUUUAAGACCCAAUGGAUCUUCUCUCCUUACUUCCUUCCUCCUGCCAUGCUCACAAUCACUUCUGCGCACCCUGGCUCCACCUUUUCCUUGUCCUGUCUUCAGGAUCUCUGCCUACAUCCCCUCUGUCUGUCCCUUCUUCCCUCUCAUGCUCCUCUCUUCCUAUCAAGCCUACAUAGGCGCCAAACGACUAAUACCUAAUACACUGAUAGAUAGAUAGAUAGACAGAGAAAGCUUGUUGACAGAGAGGAGAGAAUGGAAGAAGCAAAGGAUGAUGGCAAAGCACCAAGCAACCCAAUGGAAGAGAGGAAGCUGAUGGAGCUGUGCAAUCCUAGUCACCAUCAUCAUCGCCAUCCACUCCAUGGUGCCUCAUGCCACAACACCAGGAGAUAUCAGGCUGCUGCAGCGUACCCAGCUUUACUACCACUUCCAUUCACCUUGCCUUUGCCUUUGCCUUUGCCUCCUCCUCUCCUCCUUCAUAUCCCUCCUAUCGCGUCCCUCCCGCAGGGCAUCAACAUCCCCAAGCCGAAAGCACACAUCCACAAAGCCUUGUGGAAGGAGAAGCCCGUUUGCGAUGGAAAGUUGGAGGCCAAGGUUGCUGUCUUGCCGCUCUCUCCAGAAAUCAAGGUGAUCAAACCACAAAUCGACUCAGUUCUUGCACAAAAAAGCUCCCAAAUAGAUGAAAAAUGCAUGGGCUUUGAUCAAAAGUCUCUGCUUGAUUUACAAGCUUUGGUUGCCACCAAGAGGCCUGAUUCGGGAGGUAGAGAGGGGUCUACAAUUCACCUCCUAGCAAAUCACUUCCUAGUGCAAUUUGACCCCUCGCAAAGAGUCUACCAUUAUGAUGUGAAUAUAUCCCCACGUCCCUCAAAGGAAAUUGCUAGAAUGAUCAAGAGAAAACUCGUAGAAGACAAUUCGGAUGUGCUUUCGGGUGCUUUGCCGGUUUUUGAUGGCAGAAAGAACUUGUACAGUCCAAUUGAGUUCCAAGAACACAAGCUUGAGUUCUUUGUAAGUCUCCCUAUUCCCGUUACCAGGUGCUUGCCUAAUCAAAACGGUAGCUUGAUUGGGAAAGUGAAGUCUAAGUUAUUCAGGGUGAACAUAAGAUUAACUUCCAAGCUCAGCGGUGAGGACUUGGAUAAAUUUUUGAAGGAAGAGAAGGACUGUGUGCCUCUGCCGCAAGACUUUCUUCAUGCAUUGGAUGUUGUCUUGCGCGAGAAUGCAACAGAGAAUUGCCUCCAGAUGGAGAGGUCGUUGUACUCGAACACCAUGGGCGGAGCAAAAGACAUUGGUGGUGGAGUUGUGGGUAUGAGAGGCUUCUUUCAAAGCCUCAGACCAACAAAACAAGGCCUUGCGCUUAAUGUUGAUUUCUGCGUGACUGCCUUUCAUGAGAGCAUCGGCGUCAUCCCGUACCUUCAAAAGCGUUGUGAUUUUCUACGAGAUCUCUCUCAGAAGAAGACUAGGGGAUUGAUUGGAGAAGAAAAGAAUGAAGUUGAGAAGGCUUUAAAGAACAUUAGAGUCUUUGUUUGCCACCGAGAAACAGAUCAGAGAUAUCGGGUUUAUGGCUUGACAGACGAAGUGACUGAGAAUCUCAAGUUUAGAGAUAGAGAUGGGAAAUACUUGAUGCUGGUUGAUUAUUUCAGGGACCAGUAUAAUCAUGACAUACAAUUCAGAAACCUCCCAUGCUUACAAAUCAGCAAAAGUAAGCCAUGUUAUCUGCCAAUGGAGCUAUGCAUGGUUUGCGAAGGCCAGAAGUUCCUUGGAAAACUUUCAGAUGAGCAGGCGACAAGGAUUCUCAAGAUGGGCUGCCAACGACCCUGUGAAAGGAAGGAGAUCAUCAACAAUGUUAUGGGAGGAAGAGCAGGCCCAACAAGCGGACAUUAUGCAGAUCAAUUCCAGCUUCAAGUUUCUCGCGAGAUGACACAACUCUGCGGAAGAAUUCUUGAGCCUCCAAAGCUCAAGCUUGGUGAUGGUGGGCUUGUUAGAGAUGUAACACCUUCGCGGUACGAUCGACAAUGGAAUUUUCUUGAUAGUCACGUAGCUGAAGGCUGCCAUAUUACAAGAUGGGCUGUGGUAAGUUUUGGUGGAACCCCAGAGCAGAGAUCCUGCAUUCCUAAGUUCAUAAACCAGCUCUCUUAUAGAUGUGAACAGCUUGGAAUAUUCUUGAAUAAGAAGACAGUCAUCAGCCCAAUUUUUGAACAGAUGCAAGUCCUGAACAAUGUUCCUGUUCUCGAAAGCAAGCUCAGGAAGAUUCAUGAUGCUUCGGGGAAUUUACAACUACUUAUCUGCAUAAUGGAGAAGAAACAUAAAGGUUAUGCUGAUCUGAAGAGAAUUUCCGAGACUGUCAUUGGUGUCAUAAGUCAGUGUUGCUUAUAUUCCAACCUAACCAAGCUCACUUCACAAUUUCUAGCAAAUUUAUCCCUAAAGAUCAAUGCUAAGCUUGGUGGCUGCAAUGUAGCAUUAUACAACACCCUUCCUUGCCAAAUUCCGACAAUUUUCUCUGAGGAUAACCCCUCAAUCUUCAUGGGUGCCGAUGUCACUCAUCCACACCCACUGGAUGAUGUUAGUCCAUCUGUUGCAGCUGUUGUUGGCAGCAUGAAUUGGCCGGCAGCAAAUAAAUACACAUCGAGGAUGAGAUCCCAAACUCAUCGCCAAGAGAUUAUCGAAGACCUAGCUGAUAUGGUUGGUGAGCUAAUUGAGGAGUUCUUUUUAUCAGGUAACAAACUUCCUAGCAGAAUUAUCUUCUUCAGGGAUGGUGUAAGUGAGACUAUGUUUCAUAAGGUGCUAAAGGAAGAGCUCCGGGCCAUUUGGGUGGCUUGUUUGAGAUUUCUCAAUUACAAGCCAACUAUUACUUUCAUUGUGGUCCAAAAAAGGCACCACACUAGGCUCUUUUUCAAUGAAAAGAAGGCUUCUACUGGCCACUUCUUCGACGAGAACAUACCUCCUGGAACUGUUGUGGACACUGUGAUUACGCAUCCGAGGGAAUUUGAUUUCUACCUGUGUAGUCAUUGGGGGAUGAAGGGGACAAGUAGGCCAACCCAUUAUCAUGUUCUAUGGGACGAGAACCAGUUCAAGUCUGAUGAAGUGCAGAAACUGAUACACAAUCUUUGUUACACAUUUGUCAGGUGCACCAAACCUGUAUCGCUCGCCCCGCCCGUGUAUUAUGCUCAUCUAGCUGCAUACAGAGGCAGAUUGUACCUCGACAGGUCAGACUCUACUGCAUUCACAAGACAAACGCUAUCGAGAGCUGGACCUCUACCGACUGUGCCACUGCCUAAGCUUCGAGACAAUGUCAAGAAGCUAAUGUUCUACUGCUGAGCAGUUUCUUCAUUAACUAAUAGAUUUUGAACAAAUUGGACGACGUGUGAAAAAACAACAUUGCCAAUCAAUUAUAAAUGAAACAAUAUCCAUUAAAGGGGACCUUUUUUUUUUGUGACGUCUCCAUCGAGUAUGGUACUUUGACGUGGUAGUGGUAAUUCAGACAUACUCAGCUGCCAAAAACCACUUGAAAUCCACCCAGAUACAGGAAAAUUCAUUCUGAAAGGGAUGCAAGUAUAUUCUUUCCGGAGUUGUAUCAUGAUUUUACUUGUGUAGCUCUGCUAGUUAGUAGGAUGUGUAUUGAUGAAAAUUUUCCUGUAUAUAUAAGUUGCUUGUAAAAAGCGAACUACUCGACAAUGGAUUGUGAUGGUGAAAUGCAAAACGAAUCUAUUUAUUGA